AUGCAGGCGCUCUCUCUCCUAGACUGCGGCAUAGCAACAGAUCAAGGACAACGACCACAUCAGGAAGAUCGAUAUGCGUUUAUAACUCCACAAGGCUUCCCUGCCUGCGAUCACAGACAACUUGCGUUCUUUGCAGUCUACGAUGGACACGGUGGGCCUGAUGUCUCGGAUCACGCAAGCAAACAUCUUCAUCUAAACCUUAUUUCAUCGCCCGCCUUCCAAGCUGGCGACUGUGAAAAUGCUAUCCGUGGUGCGAUAGACGCGGAAGAGAAUCAGCUAUUCGAAGGAUUCGCAUCGGGUGGAAAUGACGCUUCAACUAGUGGUUCAACGGUUGCCUUGACCCUAGUUGAUUUGAAUAAGGGAGAGGUGGUUAUUGCGAAUUUGGGAGAUUCACAUAUUGUAUUAGGAGAGCUGGAAUGGACUGGAGGGAAAAUCACGUACAAGACAAAAAGGCUAACGACAGCGGAUAAUCCCGAUGUGCCGGAAGAAAAAUCUCGAGUCGAAGCUGCUGGUGGGACUAUUCGUCGUCGUGCAGGACAAGCACGGAUUGGCACUAUAAAUAUGUCCCGCGCGCUCGGGGAUCUACAAUAUAAAAAACCACUGAACGAUGAAGAUGCCACAGGAGACUUCAUAUCGAGCCAAACCCCACAUAUGUCUCCUCAAACCUAA